CACUGACUGGUACUGAUAGGUGGCACUGAUUGGCAUUGAUAGGUGACACUGACUGGCACUGAUGGGUGACACUGAAAGGCAGCUCAGAUGGGCACUCAUAUGUGGCAUUGAUGUGGCACUGAUGGGCACUGGCAUGUGGCACUGUUCAGCACUGACAGCUGGCACUGAUGGACACUGACAGGUGGCACUUCUGGGGCCACACUGAUCAUCAGGGCACACUGAUCAUCAGUGCCCUGAUGAUCACUGUCAGCGUGAGAGCUCGUGAGGAGAGAAAUGCCGACAUCUUCGGCUCUUUCCGUAGAUCGGUGAUCCGCUGUGUCCGAGGGACA